AUGUCGCAGCCCUUACACCAUGAUAGUCCGGAGGACUCUACGACGGAGAUAUCGUUGUCCCUCCAAGUACCUCCAUCGCCAUCACGUUCCUUAGGUGGUAGCACGUUACGAUCAAGAGCAGACUCAUUCAAUUCCGAAGCGGAGACCGCAAGGUCGAGAGCGACUUCUGUUAAUUCAACAACAGAGACCGCAAGGUCGAGAAAGAACUCUGACGUUCAGACAAUACGCUCAAGAUUUGAAGGGGACGACUUAAGCCCAGAAGAAGCCUUGAGACCUGAUAAGACCGAUGAGAAAGAUUUGGAAGUGGCUGAUAGCCCGUUCGCUUUUUCAACACGUCAACUGAACAAACUUCUCAGCCCAAAGUCACUCGCUGCAUACAGAGCAUUGGGAGGUCUCAGAGGUCUAGAGCGAGGGCUACGGACAGAUGCGGUAGCUGGCUUGAGCGUGGAUGAGACGUCAAUAUCAGGAAAAAUCAAUCUUGAAGAGGCGACUCGGGGUGCAAGGACGAAAAAGCCCCCGGCCGCGGGGACAUUAAUUGCGCAGGAUGUUAUGGUGACGGAUCAUGAAGUCAAAGGCCAAUACCACGACCGGAUACGAAUUUUCAAGGAUAACCGACUACCAACAAAGAAGUCUCUGAGUAUAUGGAAAUUGUUUUGGGACGCCUUCAACGACCGAGUGCUCAUUAUCCUGACCAUUGCAGCGGUCAUUUCACUGGCCCUCGGUAUUUACGAAGCCGUUGGUCAAACGCCAGCUCCUGGGCAGGGUCCAUCGUUGGACUGGGUCGAAGGUUUGGCGAUCGAGGUCGCGGUUGUAAUAGUGGUGCUUGUGACUGGCUUGAACGACUACAGAAGAGAAAAACAGUUUGUGGCACUCAACGAGAAAAAGGAGGACCGGCAGGUGAAAGCUAUUCGGUCUGGUAAAUCGGUACUGAUUUCGGUUUUUGAUGUAAUGGUUGGCGAUGUCCUCCAUCUGGAAUCAGGCGACUCUAUCCCAGCAGACGGCAUUCUAAUUAAUGGUCAUGGCAUCAGAUGCGACGAGUCUUCAGCUACGGGAGAAUCAGACGCAAUGAGGAAGACUGGGGGACAGGAAGUCUGGAACCGCAUCGAAGAAGGAACUGCCACAUCGAAGCUGGAUCCAUUUGUCAUCUCCGGCAGCAAAGUUCUUGAAGGUGUUGGAACGUACCUGGUCACCUCGGUCGGUGUCAACAGCAGUUUUGGUAAAGUCAUGAUCGGGUCGCAGACCGGGGACGAAGAAACCCCGUUACAAAUUAAACUUGCGAAGAUGGCCAAUUGGAUUGGAUACCUAGGGACCGCAGCAGCUGGACUUCUUUUUUUCAUUCUGCUCAUUCGGUUUCUUGCCGGACUUUCUGGGGAUACUAGUACUCCUGCUAUGAAAGGCUCGAAAUUCUUAGAUAUACUCAUCGUUGCUAUCACGAUCAUCGUCGUGGCGGUUCCAGAGGGCCUUCCUGUGGCGGUCACGCUUGCGUUGUCGUUCGCUACCAAAAAGAUGCUCCAGGAGAAAAAUCUGGUACGCCAUCUGCGGGCUUGCGAGACCAUGGGCAAUGCUACAACGAUCUGCUCAGACAAGACAGGUACGCUCACACAGAACAAGAUGACAGUGGUCGCUGGUAUCAUGGGUUCAAAAGUCGAGUUCGCCAGAGAAGUAAAUCUUGGGGACGCAGAACGCAAUGUCAUUCCAUUUCCCGCCGCGUUCAAGCGACUGUCGUCGAUUGUAAGAACACUCAUUCUGCAGUCAUGUGCCAUCAACUCUACCGCUUUUGAGGGAGAGGAGGACGGAAAAAGUACUUUCAUUGGCUCCAAGACAGAGACUGCACUGCUCAUAAUGGCUAAAGAGCAACUCGGAAUGGGACCAGUGGCUGAAGAGCGACACGGCGUUGAGGUUGUGCAGCUCAUACCUUUCGACUCGGAUCGCAAGUGCAUGGGCGUGGUGAUUCGACUUGCGUCGGGCACUUACCGCCUACUGGUUAAAGGCGCUGCUGAGAUACUUCUGGAAAAAGCGACCUCAGAACUGGUCGAUACAGCGGGAGAAGCUCUUCAUCAAUGCACUCUCACAGACUCUUCCAGAGCCCAAGUUUCUGCGAGCAUAGAUGAAUUCGCUAAGAAAUCACUACGGACCAUUGCUAUGCUCUACAAGGAUUUCCAACAGUGGCCGCCACUUGGUGCCCGUACCUUGGAUGAGGACAGAAAAGUCGCUCUGUUCGAAGACGUAUUCUGCGAUAUGACACUCCUUGCUAUCGUUGGCAUCCAGGAUCCUUUGAGAGACGGUGUCGCAAAGGCAGUGAAGCAAUGCCAAGACGCUGGAGUCAAGGUUCGAAUGGUUACUGGAGACAACGUAAUGACAGCCAGCGCAAUUGCUCUGGAGUGCGGUAUCAAAACACCUGACGGGCUAGUCCUGGAGGGACCUAGAUUUCGCCAGAUGUCUGACGAGCAGAUGGAUGAAGCCAUACCCCGGCUUGAAGUCCUUGCCCGUUCUUCUCCGGAGGACAAACGCCUCCUGGUCGCGCGUCUCAAGGAGCUCGGUGAGACUGUAGCUGUCACUGGCGAUGGCACGAACGACGGACCAGCUCUGAAGACUGCAGAUGUCGGCUUUUCCAUGGGUAUAGCCGGCACAGAGGUUGCCAAAGAAGCCAGUGCCAUCAUUCUUAUGGAUGACAACUUUUCCAGCAUCAUCAAAGCCAUCAUGUGGGGCCGUUCAGUCAACGACGCGGUUGCCAAAUUCUUACAAUUCCAGAUUACCGUCAACAUCACAGCUGUGGUCCUGGCCUUCGUCUCCGCUGUAUCAUCCCCAGACAUGCACUCCGUCCUCUCCGCCGUUCAGCUCUUGUGGGUGAACCUUAUUAUGGAUACGUUCGCCGCUCUUGCUCUCGCAACGGAUGCCCCAACGGAGAAAAUCCUGAACCGCAAACCCACUCCCAAGUCUGCGCCGCUGAUUACGACUAAUAUGUGGAAGAUGAUCAUUGGCCAAGCGAUAUAUCAAUUACUCGUUACGUUCGUUCUCUAUUUCGCCGGCUCUUCGAUUCUGGGAUACUCGAAGAGCGACACUCUCCUCCAGACCGAGCUGGACACAAUAGUGUUCAACACUUUUGUCUGGAUGCAGAUUUUUAAUGAAUUCAACAACCGCCGCCUCGACAACAAGCUGAAUAUCUUCGAAGGCGUUCACCGCAACGCUUUCUUUAUCAUUAUUAAUAUUAUCAUGGUCGCUGGUCAGAUUAUGAUUAUCUUCGUUGGUGGCGCGGCUUUUCAGAUCAAGAGGAUAGACGGCACGCAGUGGGUUAUCUGCAUUCUAUGUGCGCUGCCAUGCCUUUUGUGGGCCAUAGUCCUACGGUACAUACCCGACCGGUAUGCCGCAGCAGUAUUCUGCUUUGUCAACAAGGUCUGGCUUGCGCUUGCGAGCCCGGUCCUCAAGGGCUUGAAGGUUUUUUUCAGACCUGUCGCUCAAGCAUGGCGAGUCACGAAGCGCUUCAUGCAACGGACAACAUCAAAAGUCGUACGCAAAACGGGGGCCACAGACGACACCGCAUGUCCAGACGAGGAAUCUGGGCUCGGGAUCAACAUGGGAAAGUUCUCGUCACCAACCUCUCCCGUGACGCCGUCGGAGCUGCCGCUGCAACCUCCACCUAUCACACUUACGACCGCAUGA